GUGGAAGGAACCUCAACAGGGGUUUUCAGAAAGAAUAUAGACAAUAUCAGUGCUGGAUUGAUGAAGUAAUACAAUACAUUGUCGUUAAUGUGUGUAAAAGUGACCGUUAUUGUCCGUUAAACUUGCCAAUGAGAACCAUUGGUGUCUGUCUCUGUCUCUGUCUGCGUCAGACUUUACGCGCAUCACCGCAUGUCAUUUUCCACCAAGGAACUCGCGGUGAUUUUGCAUCUCUGCGCGCAGAGAGAUGCUGGUUUCGGAGGUUGUGCCUGAAUGAAGAUUUGCCUUACUAAAUGUGUGAAUUUUUAAUUGUUUUGAGAACAAAUACUUUUGCUGUUGUACUUUGAAUAAGGUUCAAGACAAAAAACAUCUUUACGCCUCUAUCUGUGGAAUCUACCUUUUGACCAUCUCUGACCCCUUCUGACAUCGUACCCCUGACCCUAGACCACCCUCACCAUCCACUGCCACCAUGCCUAAAAACAGCAAGGUGACCCUGGGACUCCCUCACAGUGAUCCCGUCACUGAGUCAGUGGCGGACCUCCUGACCCUGGCCGAGCCCCUGGACUAUAAGAGCAGCCGGAUGAGUAUGGGUCUCAGCCCUGGGGCCCAGCCGGCCAUGGGCAAGGGCCUGCUGCCUUCUCCAGGGGACGAGGAGGGGAGGCCGGCCUGGAACAGCAAGCUGCAGUACAUCCUGGCCCAGGUCGGGUUCUCUGUGGGGCUGGGCAAUGUCUGGAGGUUCCCCUACCUGUGUCAGAAGAACGGAGGAGGUGCGUACCUGGUCCCGUACUUCAUCCUCCUCAUCCUCAUCGGGAUCCCUCUGUUCUUCCUGGAACUGGCGGUGGGACAGAGGAUUAGGAGAGGCAGCAUCGGGGUGUGGAACUACGUUUACCCUCAGCUAGGAGGCAUCGGGGUCUCCAGUCUAAUGGUGUGUGGUUUCGUGGGCCUGUACUACAACGUGAUCAUCGGCUGGAGUAUCUUCUACUUCUUCCAGUCCUUCCAGUACCCGCUGCCCUGGGCAGAGUGCCCAAUCAGAGUGGUCAACGGGAGCCAAGCCAUCAUCGAGCCGGAGUGUGAAAAGUCUUCUGCCACCACCUACUUCUGGUACCGGCAAACCCUGAACAUCACCAGCACCAUCGAGCACAGUGGAGGCCUCAACUGGAGAAUGACCCUGUCCCUGUUCGCCGCCUGGCUCAUCGUCUGUCUGGCAGUGAUCAAGGGUAUCCAGUCAUCUGGGAAGGUGAUGUACUUCAGCUCUCUCUUCCCCUACGUGGUGUUGAUCUGUUUCCUCGUCAGAGGCCUGAUGCUCAAAGGAUCUGUUGACGGCAUCGCUCACAUGUUCACCCCAAAGUUGGAGAAGAUGCUGGAGCCCCAGGUAUGGAGGGAGGCAGCCACCCAGGUGUUCUUCGCUCUGGGCCUGGGGUUCGGAGGGGUCAUAGCCUUCUCCAGCUACAACAAGCGGGACAACAACUGUCACUUUGACGCAGCGCUGGUCUCUAUCAUCAACUUCAUCACCUCCAUCCUGGCUACGCUGGUGGUGUUCGCCGUGCUGGGGUUCAAGGCCAACAUCAUGAAUGAGAAAUGUGUUGUGGAGAAUGGUGAGAAGAUCCUAGGUUACCUGAACACAGGUGUGUUGAGCCAUGAUCUGAUCCCUCCCCAUGUCAACUUCUCUCACCUGUCAGCUGUGGACUAUCAGGAGAUGUAUGGAGUGAUCAAGACUGUCAGGGAGGACAGCUUCAGUCAGCUUGGACUGGACCCCUGUAUACUGGAGGACGAACUCAACAAGGCAGUGCAGGGAACAGGCCUGGCCUUCAUCGCCUUCACUGAGGCCAUGACCCACUUCCCUGCCUCUCCCUUCUGGUCUGUCAUGUUCUUCUUCAUGCUGAUUAACCUGGGGCUGGGGUCCAUGAUCGGCACCAUGACAGGGAUCACCACACCUGUACUGGACGCCUUUCCCAAGAUCCGCAAGGAGUUCCUCUGUGUUGGUUGUUGCAUUGUGGCGUUCUUCUGUGGCCUGCUGUUCGUCCAGCGCUCCGGGAACUACUUUGUGACCAUGUUUGAUGACUACUCAGCUGGCCUGCCUCUCACUGUGGUGGUUAUGCUGGAGAAUAUAUCUGUGGCCUGGAUCUACGGCACCAAGAGGUUCAUGCAGGACCUAGAGGACAUGUUGGGUUUCAGACCUUACUCUUUCUAUUUCUAUAUGUGGAAGUACGUAUCUCCUGCCUGUCUCACCGUGCUCAUCGUUGCCACUGUGAUAGAGAUGUCCGUCAGUCCUGCUGGGUACAAUGCCUGGGUGGAGGAACUGGCGUCGGAGAAGUUCCUCUCCUACCCUCCGUGGGCUCUGGGCGUGGCCUACUCCCUCAUCAUCGCCGCCAUGCUUCCUCUCCCCUGCGUCUUCAUCGCCCGCCACUUCAACCUGCUCUCUGAUGGCUCCAACAAGCUGUCUGUCUCCUACCGUAAAGGCAUGACCAAGGACCUCUCUGGUCUAGAAGAGGAGAACGAGUCCCGCUUCAUCCUCGGUAAAGGCACCCCCAGCCCCAGCCCCUCGCCCAUGCCUUCUCACCGCCCCUACCUGGGGCCCGGCGGAGCCCAGGAGAUGACCAACGCGGCUGGAUAUGGUACCGGGACACCGACCAAGACGGGUUAUCAGAAUAUUCAUUCGCCAGAGUCCGAACUAUGAUCGAUCUGACUGACUGAAGCACAAGAAACCCUAUCUAUCAAACACAACACAACCCCUCCAGAGACAGAGAGAGAGAGAGAAAGAAAGAGCAUAUCUGUAAAGCACAGC